UGGUAUUCCUCGAUUUCGGUAGAGAGGCGGUCGUUGUUUUUCUUGGGCCAUUUUUCUGCUUAUUUAAGUGUUUUCAAUCGACUUACUAUUCAGAAUGAUCAUAUUUAUAUUGUUUACUUGUGUAGAAAAUGAAUGAAUCAUUAAUAUGUGGUGUAGUGUUUUAAAAUAAGUACAAUGCCUCCAAUAAAUUCUAAAGGGAAGAGUAGCGCAGAGUACGAGAACAUCAUAGCCAAGAAAUGCACAGCAUUGGAUUUUGAGAGUUAUAUUCAGGAAAACAAGACUUUGCUUCUGAACGAUCCUCUUAGAGACAUUCUUUUGUACCCAUCUGAUGAUGUUUCUAGUGUGGUCCUCCCACGCCGCUGGCGAACAGUGACAACAGCGGUGCCUGAUGUGAGGACGGCCUCCACUUGCCCUCUGCUCACUCGACAGGCCUUGCUCAGCUAUGCUUCCAGUUGGAAUCUUAUACACUUCAAGUAUAAUAGUUAUUCUGGCACAUAUCUCAAUUUACCCAGACCAAUAGAUAACAAAUUACUAGAAGAAGUAUAUGACUUAGACGCCGAAACAGAAAGCGACAAUGAAGCUCAAGCAGCGAAAGUGGACAUUGGCACCAAAGAGGGCUACCUGCUCAAAGGGCCCGAAAUCGGCUCAGACAGAAUAUUCAGCAACCUUGCUUCCAAAUCCUUCAAGAAACGCUAUUGCUCAAUGGUCCGGGAAGCAGACGGUGCUUACAUUCUCGAGGUUUACAAGGAUGAAAAGAAAACCGAUACGAAGCUUACUAUCGUCAUGGAUUUUUGCUCGGAUGUUGUCAAAAACCCAAAGCGUGGGCGCCACUGUUUCGAGCUGCGUAUGGCCGGAGGAAAAGGGUACACAUUCUCGGCGGACAGUGAGGAGGAAAUGAAUGACUGGAUAGCAGCGUUUAAUGCGGCUUUGAAGAAAAACCAGGAUUGUCCAGAAAUCAACCAGGAUGAGGCGUUAGAUAAAGACGCAGAUGUCUCGCUGACAGCAGAGCCGCCACCUCCAACGUACGGAACCCUAAAAGGCCUAGAACACAGCAUGAAUCCGCUUCUAAUGCGGUAUUCAAGAGAGACGGACAUGUCUAUAGCAGCGGCGAGAAACGAAUGCCGCGCUAACAUAUUCAGCAUGCCAUACAAACGGACGCCUUCUCCUGAACCUCAGCUGGAACCAUUCAAAGAACACUUCGGCCAAAAAAUCCUGCUCAAAUGCGAAAGCUUAAAAUUUAGGUUACAAGCGCCAAUAGAUGGCGAAAAAGAGCUCUUAUGCCAAGUAGAGCCUUACUUCACCUACCUCGCUUUAUACGACGCAAGAAGUGGCAAGAAGUUGACAGAGAACUUUCAUUUUGAUCUAAACCAUGCGGCAGUGAAGGAGCUAGUCAAAGAUGUUGAGGAUACGAACUCGCUGGUCGAGAACUUUAGCUAUGAUGUGAAGGUAGAUGUUAAAUUGAUACCGGAGGAAUGGUUUAGGUCGAAGAGACAGGUCCUAUUGUCAAUAAACAAUCCCCACCCAGACCUGUUCCUAGUCGUCAAAAUCGACAAGAUCCUGCAAGGCCACGUGAGUCAAGUGCUGGAGCCCUACCUCAAAGCCACCAAAGACCCGCGUCUCGGGCUCAAAGUCCACAAAACUGUCCAGUCGUACGCCCAUCGAGUUGGAACUUAUAGGAUGCCGUUUGCGUGGACUGCAAAGCCACUGUUUAAAUUAUACAGCAACGAUUUGGACACAACCCCAGAAUUUCCCGCCAUCUACCGCCAAGAGCCGAACAAAAUGUCAGACGAUGAUUUGUUAAAGAUCCUGUCAGAUUUCCGGAAGCCGGAAAAGUUAGCAAAGUUGACUACAAUACCAGGUUGGCUCAAUAUCAACAUUUCGCCUAGCAACGAACAAAUACCAAAUUGCAUGUCAACAGCAUACGCAGCACUCAAGCCGUUUCCCCUCCCCCCAACCUCACCGCUCACCUUGGAACUAGCCACACUAAAUAUGGAGCCAGAACAACCUUAUGCGGCCUUCAUACACCACUUAUACGUCAGGCCUCUGUCGCUAAACUUCGAGUCGCAGAAGAUGUUCGCUCGCGCGAGGAAUAUCGCAUGCUCUAUUGAGUUGAGGGAGUGUGAUACGGGCGAUAAUAAGCCUUUACAGGUGGUCUACGGGCGAGCCGGCAUGACAACGCAAUACCGUUGCUCCGUGCUACAUCACAACGCGAACCCCGCAUGGAGCGAUGAAGCCAAGAUCCGCCUGCCAGCCACUAUCACUCCAAACCAUCACCUGCUCUUCACGUUUUAUCACAUAUCAUGCGAUUUGACUAAGAAGAACGAUGCUAACGUUGAAACGUGCAUUGGCUACGCAUGGGUGCCAUUAUUGAAGAACAACAAGUUUGUGGAUGAGAUCGUGAAUUUGUCUAUAGCCACGCAUUUGCCAUCGGGUUAUCUGUCCAUCCAGCCACUCGGACUCGGUAAAGGGAACGCAGGCCCCGAAGUAAUCUGGGUGGAAGGCGAGAAGCAACUCUUCCGCUGCCAACUGGUCCUAGACUCCACAGUAGCUACCCGCGACACACACCUGCACAACUUAUUCAUGCAAGCGGAGCGACUUAUCAAAACCAACUCGCCGCCUACAUCACCGUCCCCUCCUCCGUGGAAUGAUGUCUGUAAUGCUUUGAAAGCUGCUCAUGCGAUCAAAUUGAGUGCGCUGGUCGCGUUCUUGCCUACGAUAUUGAACCAGCUCUUCGAGUUAAUGACGGUGGAGAAAAGUUAUACGCACGACAUGGGAUAUCAAAUCGUGAAGUUGAUCGUGCAUUUCGUGCAUAUGAUCCAUGAUUACGGACGAAAAGACUUGCUAGAUAGCUACGUCAAGUACGUAUUCAACUGCGUAGAGUUCAAACUGCACACGGUAUUGACGGCGCCACUGUACAUGUUCGUGGACCCCAACCAGCAAGACUUCCUACUGGGGCACAAGUUCAUGCAGUACUCUAGUUUCUUCUUCGACAUUAUCAUCAAAAGCAUGGCGCAGUAUCUUAUUAACACUGGACGAAUUAAGAUGUCUCGAAACGAACGAUUUCAUGCUGAUCUCUUGGACAACAUUGAAAAAUUGGUCACAACCGUUGAACCAUCAUACAUUCUGCAACAGCCUCUGCAGACUCACAUAUUUAACAAAAAUCUUGCCGUAUUUCUUAAGUCUUGCCUGUCGUUUAUGGAUCGUGGCUUCGUGUUCCGCCAAGUCAAAAGAUACCUAGACAAGUUCAAAGCGUGCGAGCCCAAAGCGCUGUUCGAGUUCAAGUUCACGUUCCUCCAAACAAUAUGCUCACACGAACACUAUGUGCCAUUCAACUUGCCAUUACACUCAAACAAGCUGGGAAAAGAUAUGGAUGAAGACCCGGCAAAGUUAAAAUUAUCAGAGGAAUUUAUUAUGAGGCAUUUUCUAUCAGGAGUAUUACUCAGACAAGUGGAGCAAUCCCUCCGGGAAGCACCUCAAAAACGGCGCACGGCACUGGGCGUGCUUCGCGCACUACUCACGAAGCACGAACACGACGAUCGCUACCGAUCGCGACAGUGCCGUGCACGUCUCGCGCAACUAUAUGCUCCCUGGCUUACCGUCGUGCGAGACAACGCCCACCGCCUAGUAACCAAAACACUAGCCAGUCCAGUAUUAGAGAACGGCCAUGACAAAGUCGACGGCGACGCGACCGCCAACCCGAUCAUCAACAACUCGACUAAAGAUGUCGUUUCAGCAAACAGCACGCCGCGAAGAAAUCGACUCACGCUACACUUUGACCACACGCCAGUAAGGAAUUCUGCACAUUUCAAAGAUCCGCCGGUCGUGCAAAUUAAUAAUUAUGGCAAAGAUCACACAAACAAUGCGUCACAAAGCUCUCUAGAGUCCGUGUCGACCAUGUCGGGCGGAGAUUCGCUCCCGCGGAACGCCGGCCGCUUGGACCUGAGCGAUAUCGGGGAUCAAGUCAAUAGAUUUGGUGUGAUGUCCGCGGAGGAGGUGCGCGAUGUGCUUUUGUGUUUCCUGUUUGUGUUGAAGUACUUAGACGAGGAGCGGCUCGUGGAGUGGUGGAAGACGCAUACUACGGCGCAGCAGCAGGCGUUUUUCAAUGUUUUAGAAAUAUGCGCAGAACAAUUCCAAUACAUCGGCCGCAAGCGCAUCCUUUCCGAACUUAAGGCGACCACUCCCGACUGCAACGGUAAACUGAAGCCGCUCAAAGCGCGAACGUUGCCCGCUAGGAUGAGCCCGCCGGACUUCUCGAAAGAACCGCCUAUUAUUGUCGAGAAGAAUAACACGGUCAAUAGGGAGAAUCUUGCUACUGCCACUGUUACCUCCGAACUAGAAACCAUAGCGGAGCACGCCGUCGUAUCAGCCGGCUGUCUGGCUACCGAGGUCGGCCUCACAAUAAUCGAUCGAACCUGCCUCUUUACGAAGAACUUAGGCGCGGCCGAAGGCUCUGCCGCCCGACCUUACCUGAGGCUACUGCAAUUUCCUCAAAGCGAAACGCUAUAUAAACAUCUGUUUGCUGCUUUGAGAGCUUAUAUCAAUCAGUUCUCUGAAUCGUUGUUUGAAGGUGGCAGCACAUUAUGCGCCGGCGUUGUCAGUGCAGUAGUAAGAUUAUGUGAAGCGCGCGCGGCGUGGCUUCGACGCGAGGCGGCUGCCGCGCUGUAUCUGCUUAUGCGGGCUAAUUACCAGCACGGCGGCGGCGGGAGCUUGACCCGCGUACAUUUACAGGUCAUCAUAGCAGUCUCCAAACUCCUCGAUACAUCAACGGCUCUCAACUGCAAACGUUUUCAAGAAUCUCUUUCUGUGAUAAAUUGCUUCGCGACCGGCGACAAGGCGAUGAAGGGCACAGGGUUGUCAACGGAGGUAGCAGAGUUGAUGCGUCGCGUGCGGACCGUAGUUGGAGCGCGGGCGAGAUUGGCUGGAGUUGGCGGCAGUGGAGGCGCGGCGGGAGCAGGCAGCGUGCAUUUAGCAGAGCUACAGCACGCGCUAGCAGCGUCUUGCCGCGCGACGCCGCGGUUACGGCACGCAUGGUUGGCCACACUGGCUGAGCACAACGCGAGGCAGAGCGACCAUGAUGAGGCUAUGUGCUGUCAACUCCACAUCGCAGCACUGAUAGCCGAAUACCUCAAGCUGCGGGGGAACCUCGCGUGGGGCGCCGACGCCUUCGCUGAGAUCUCCUUGAAUAUUCCCAAAGACGAGACCGGGCUCAAAAUAGACGAAGGUAUGACCGACGUCCAAUACAACGAACAAGCUCUUCUGGAUCAGCUGAUGAUCUGCACAGAGUUCGUCGACAAAGCGGAGCGGUACGAGCUCCUCGGGCCGCUCUACCGCCUCAUCAUCCCCAUCUACGAACGGAGGAAGGACUACCAAGCCCUCCUCACUUGCUACCAGCACCUCACCAAAGCUUAUGCCAAAGUUAUCGAAGUCACAAACUCGGGGAAGCGAAUGCUCGGAAGGUUUUACCGGGUGGCGUUCUUCGGCAAGGCCCACUUCGGCGAAGACGAAGAAGGCGUCGAGUUUAUAUAUAAGGAACCGAAACUGACCUCACUCAGCGAGAUAUCGGAGAAAUUGCAGACUUACUACGAACACAAGUAUGGGGCGGAAAAUGUUAAAAUGAUUAUGGACUCAGCGCCGGUAAACCGUUCAGAACUGGACAGCAAACUAGCGUACAUCCAAGUAACAUGGGUGCGCGCGGCGCCCGAAGGCGUGGCGGCGGGCGCGAGCAGCGGCGAGUCGUUCGAGCGCGCUCACAACGUGCGGCGCUUCGUGUUCGAGACGCCCUUCACCAGGGACGGCGCGGCCAGAGGGCCCGUGCACCAUCAGCGGCUCAGGCUCACCAAGCUCACCGCUGAGAACUGGUUCCCGUACGUGAAACGUCGCGUGCCCGUGAUCGAAACUCAAGUGGAGGAGAAGAGUCCUAUCGAGGUGGCGGUUUCCGAAAUGGAGGGCCAAGUGCUCGAGCUGACCGAGAUCGUCAACGCCAAGGCGCCCGACAUCAAGAAGCUGCAACUCAGAUUGCAAGGCAGCGUGUGCGUGCAGGUCAACGCUGGGCCGUUAGCGUACGCCAACGCAUUCCUGGAUCCCACUCUGGCUCCCAUGUAUCCUGACGAACUAGUCGACAAACUGAAAAACACUUUCAAGGAAUUCCUGACAGUCUGCCACGCAGCUCUCCAACUGAACGCGAAGCUCAUCAGCUCCGACCAAGUCUCGUACCACGAAGCGCUGGAAGCCAACUACUUGAAGCUCAGCGACUCUCUCUCCUCCGUGCUGGGGCAGCCACUGCACGAUAUACUCGUCAACGGUAACCUUAGCACCACCGUCACUGGUGUCGAAUUGGAUUCCAGCAAUGCCUAAGAAUUUGAAGCAAUUAUUCUAUGACUAUUUACGAAAUUACUACUUUAAACUUGAAAAUGAGUUAUGAAAUCAUCAUUGAAUGUAGUCUAACUCUUGGCCUAUAGCUAAUGUGGUCGGAAUGCGCGGAGGUAGUGAUGUGCUUACUUAAAAAAAUCACGAAAAAUAAAGAGAAUUUAAAUUUACGAAAUGAAAAGUUUCCAUCCAUACAAUUGUCCAUACAAAGUAUGGAAAGUUUCGGAACUUUUCCUAUGUGAAAAUUGCAGAAUUUUGGAAACCUUCCGUUGGUUCAUCAGUACGCGGAGAUUUAUAUAGCUCGUCACAGCGCAAGGCAAUUGCCUUCUUUAGCGGUCAAGGGUAUUAAUAAAGACGGCAGCGAAAGAAAGUGAGAUAUUAGAUGUAAAUGACAAAUGCUGGUGGUGAUCUGGUCAGGAUAUUAGUUAAAAUUUUAUUAUUAGCCUUUCGGGUUUAAUGGUAAUUUUCCAGGUGAUUAUAGUCGAAAUUAUAUUUAAUAUACUUAUAACUAUUAUUUAUUAUAGAUAGGGAUAUCAAGUCCCUCUUAGUUAACGAUAUUCUAUAAUGUACUUCGAACAAAAUGUUAUUCUGAAAGUAAAUGAGCAAUUUCGCUUUAUUUGAUUGUAUGGAUGUAGUAACUAUUAAGGUAUUGUUUUUUUCGUAAUUUAUUUCGUGUUACGUAUGUCUACCGUGUUUAGUUUUACUUAUUAUUUAUUUAUUUACCAGCCUAAAUGAUGUAAAAGACAAGCUCAUACAUUGAACCUCAAUUAUA